AUCCAACGAUUGCGUUUUAACCAGUUGACUAGUAGACACUCAACCAGCUUAAACAAAUAUAUAUAUUAAUAACACUUUUGAUUGACAUUAUUUUUUCAAGUUGGUUUUUUUUUUUUUUUUUUUUGCUUUUAUUUUGUGUUGUUUUGAUGAAAUGAUUACUAAAGUUACUGACCUCGACAAUAAUUUAUCUCAAUAUAAUAUUGUCAAUUGUUAAUUAUCAAAAUUGGAUUUAUAAAUAUUUGAGAAAUUUAUUUUAUAUAAUAAUUGUUGUUAAUAUUUUAAGAAACACAAUUAAUAUAAUUUGAGAUAAAUAAAAAUAAGAAAAAAAAGAAAAUGGUUUAUCGUGGUCAUUUGCAAACUGACGAUCCACAUGAUGCACCAAGAUUGGUUCGAAUGUCACCAUUAAGAACAAGUAGACAAGAAUCACAUAAUUAUGAUAAAUUAUUAUCACAAACAAAAUUAACAUGUACAAGUCAUUCAUCACGUCCAGUUACAAAAAAAAUUGCUCCACCAAAAUUAAGAAAUAUCAAUGAAAUACGUGCAACUGUACAAACACCAACAACAACACCAUCACCAACAACAACAAUAAAUUCAAUUGAUAAAUUAUUAAAUAUGAAAAAUCCAAUUCGUACAUCAACAAAUUCAAUGCUUGCUAAUUUACAUGAUCUUGAACGAUUGAGAAAUAUUAAAACAAAUAAAACAGAUAUUAAACAAUCAAUAUUACAAAAUGAUGCUCAACAUAAAAAUCAUCAUAUAUCAACAAAAAAUAUUAUAAAAACAAAUAAAUUUGAUAUUUCAAAUGAUAAAAUAAUCAUUGAUAAUAAUGAUAAUAAUAAUAUUAUAAUAAAUAAUGAUAUAUCACCACGUGCACCAAUUAGAAAACGUAAAAAUAGUAAAAUAAAUAUUGAUGAAAAAAAAUAUAAUGUUAUUGAUAAUGAUAAUAUCAAUAAUACUCAUCAUGAUAAUAAUAAUAAAGAUAAAAAAUAUAAUAUUAUACAUAGACCAGAUAUACUUGAUGGUUUGAUUAAAGAAAGUGAUAGACAAUUGGAACAAUUAAAAAAUGAUCUUAGUAAUAAAUUAACAAUACGAGAGGUUGAUUCAGAUAAUGAAGAACAAAAAAAAGAUUUAAAUCUAUGGAAUAAAAGUAUAAGUCAACGAUGGAGAAAAUUAAGAAGAAGAUGUUCUGUACAAGAAACAACAGAACCACAAGAAGAAUCAUUGAUACAGGGUGGACAAACAAGAGCUGUUAUACAUGGUGUUAGAUCAACACCAACAAGUAGAGAUGCAUCACCAGCACCAAAAACAUCACGUGAUAAAACAUCACCAAAGAAAUUAUUACAAACAUCAUCACUUCGUUUACCAGGAACAAGCAAAGGUAUUGCCGACAUACAAAAUGCAUUAAGAACAAAACUAAGCAAAAUAAAUGCAGGAAUUCGUAAGAGAAAGGCAUUAAGUGUAACUGAAGUAUUUACACCAACAGAAAAUGUAUCAAAUUUUUAUGUACCAAGUCCAUUAUCAACAGUAACAUUAAAUAAAAGUAAUGAAUCAUUAAAUAAUGAUUUAAAAUCAUUACCUAUUUAUAAUUAUCAUGAUAAUAAUGAUGAUAAAACAAAAAAAUUAAAUGAUAAAAAAACAACAAAAACAAUAAAACAUAAAUAUCAUGAUAAAAUGAGUUAUUCAUAUGAUACUGAUAUAUUUAAUGAUAAUAAUAAUAGUAAUAAAUAUCAUGGUGAUACAUUGAGAAGAAGUAAUUCUGAACAUCGUGAUAAUAAUUCAUAUGAAAAUAUGCGUUUUCAUAAACAAAAAAAAUCAAUUGUAUAUUCAAACAGUGAAACAUGUGUUAUGAAAAAUCAAAAAUAUAAUAAUUCAUAUGAAAAUAUAAUAUUUAAUAAUAAAAAAAUAUAUUAUGAUGAUGACGAUGAUGAUGAUGAUGAUGAUGAUAAAUCAAAUGAAGAAAUUCAUAUACCAAGAAUAAGUCCAAAAAAAAAAAGUACUGAUUUUAUUGUUGGUGGUAAUGUUAAAAAUUAUAAUAGUAAUAAUAAUAAUAAUAGUAAUACAAAUAUUUAUUUGUCUAAAAAUGAACAAGGACCAUCAAGUUUAGGAACAGAUAAUAAUAGUCCAAAUAAAAAAAUAACAAAUAGAAAAUUUAAUAGUAAAAGUAUUGCAAAUAUAUCUGGUACAUCUGGUGUUAAUAUAAAAAAUUGGCAAGGACAUCAACAACAGCAUCAACAAUAUCAACAUCAACAUCAUCAACAACAAGAUACAGAUGAAGGUUUAAAUUCAGAUUCAGAACUUGAAGAUAUACAAGAAAUAAAUGAAGAAGAAUCAAGAUUUUGUACAUUACCAAGACCUGGUAAAGGUGGUGCAUCAUUUACAAUUUUAACAUCAAGAUUUUCAAAAGGUCCUGGACAUAAAGGACUUGGUUUUAGUAUUGUUGGUGGUACUGAUAGUCCAAGAGGUAAUAUGGGAAUUUAUGUUAAAACUGUAUUUCCAAAUGGACAAGCUGCUGAUUUGGGUACUCUUAAAGAAGGUGAUGAAAUAUUGUCAAUAAAUUCCAAACCUCUGCACGGUAUGACACACGCCGAGGCAAUUGCUGAAUUUAAAUCAAUUAAAUGUGGUGACGUUGUGCUACAUGUUGGUCGUCGUGUAUCAAGACGAAAACGUGAAAAUAUCAGCCAAACAACAACAGUCAAUCAAUCAUCAAAAAAAAUAAUUGAAUAAUUUAUUCAAAUAUUUUUUUUCUUUUUCUUUUAUUUAAAAAAAGAAAAAAAACAAAUUAUCUUACAAAAGAAAUUUACAUUUUUAUCUAUUCAUUCGUAGGUAUAUAAGUUUUAUUCAUAAGAAAAAAGAAGAAAAAAAAAGGAAUUUUUAUAUUUAAAAAAAGUAUAUCUGAAUCAUCACCAACCGACCUCCAAAGAUUGACUCCAAAAAUAUUUUUUACUAAAAAUUUUACCGUUAUUUUUUCACUUUUAAUAAUCAUUUUUUUAAUAUUAUUAUUAUUAUUUUUUUUGCUAGUUUAUUUAAUUUGAAAUUUUAUCAUUAUUAUUAAAUUUAUAUGACAGAUAUAUAGUAAUCUAGUCGACUAGUGGUUAUAUUUUUACCCAGAAAGAUUUUUAAAUAAAAAAAUGGAAAAAAUAAUUAUCAAAAAAAAAAUAUGUUUAUAUAAACAAUGGUGAUAAAUAAAUGAAAAAAAAAAAAUUUUAUAUAUAAAUAAAAACCAGUGAAAUAUGUAAUAAUCAAAAGAAUAUAUUUUUUUUUGUUUUCAAAAUAUUUUUUUAUAUAAAAAAUGCACCGCUAUUAUUUAUACCACGGUGAGAUUUAUAAUUAUUUUUUUGAUGAUAAUAAGCAACAUAUCUAAAAAGUGAAUUUAAAAAUUAAAAAUUGUCUUCCAAAAAAUAUUUUAGUCGACCGAAUAUAACAUUCCUUAAAAAGAUUUUCCAAUGCAAUAUGAUAAAAAAAAAAAAAAACGAAAAAUGGGUGCUGUAAUUUUUUAAAAAUCAAAUCUAUAAUAUAAAAAUAAAAUAAUUAUAAUAAUUUUUUAAAAUAUUAAUAUUAAGUUAUAAUAUAAAUAUAAUAUUGUAAAAUUAAAUCAAUAAUAUCUAAACUAUAAUUUCUAUUUGCAAAAACAAAAUUCAUUUAUUUCCCAAUUAUUUAAAUUUUAUACAAUAAUUGUAACAAUAAUAAAAAGCAAAAUUGUCGUACCAGUUAUUUAACCAAGCACUGAAGAAAAAAAAAAAAACAUCUUAAU